AUGCUGUUGUGGAAAAAUCUCAAAAAAUUCUGGCAUUUCGGUAGGGUCUAUGAAACUCAAAGUGUUCGGGAAAUCUUUUGGCAAAAUACCAAAGAAUUCUGUCGCCAAACGACGCUACAUGGAAUGAAGUAUAUUGUGGAUUCGAAUUUGAAGCCCAGCGAAAGGUGUUUCUUUGGAGUAUCUAUUGUAACGGUCAUGAUAGCUGCAGUCUAUUUAAUCGUCCAUGUCUAUCAGAAAUGGGCCACUACCCCAGUUAUUGUGGGCAUUAAUCCUCAAUCAACUGCCAUAACUGAUGAACCUUUUCCCGCUGUGACUAUUUGUAAUCUGAAUCAAGCUCUAAAUGAUACUGCGAGGGAGUUUUCAAAAAAUUCCACCGACUUUACAAUAGUCCAGCUGUUGUGUAAACGUGAAGUAAAUCAGACGGUGGUCAAGUCCAUUACAAAUUGGAAUCAUGUGGAGCAGUUUAUUGUAAAUAUUUCCCAACCCUGUAAGGAUAUGCUGGUGGAGUGUCGCUUUGGUGGUAAAUACUACAACUGUAGUCAUCUAUUUUAUCCUCUGGUAACGGAUGAGGGUUUGUGUUGUUCCUUCAAUAUGCUACAUCCGAAGUUCAUGUAUCUAUCACACAUUCCCCUGUCCUAUCCGAACACCACACCCAUGCAAACACCCAUCGAUUGGCAUUCAGAGGCCGGAUAUCCUCAAGAUUUACCCAAAAAUUAUUAUCCUCGAAAAAUUCCUGGUGUUGGUGAGUCGAUGGGUCUAUCGGUGGCUAUUGAUGUCCAGGAAGAUAAAUACUAUUGUUCCUCCUCGAAUAGUAUUGGAUUCAAAUUUGCCCUACACAGCCCCAAUGAAACGCCCAAUGUUCAUGACACUGGGGUUUUCAUAGAGCCCGGGAAAGAGACCAAUAUUCGAAUACGUCCAGAUAAAACCGAAUCGGAUAAACAACUUCUGGGUAUGUCAAGGCGACUGCGUAAAUGCCUCUUUCAGGAUGAGGGGAAUCUGAAAUUUUUCGCCCAUUACACCCAGCGAAAUUGUGAAAUGGAAUGUGUAGCCCAGGUCUCGUGGAAAUAUUGUGGCUGCAUAAGUUUUUAUAUGCCGAAAAUAUACAACAAUGUCACUGUGUGCAGCAUAAAUGAGGCCAAGUGUGCCAGGGCUGUGCGUCUGGGUAUUUACAACAGCCGCACCUCCUGUUUCGAUGAGUGUUUGCCUAGCUGCUUUGAAAUGGAUUAUCCCAUCGAUGCAUUUGCCACCAAAUUGGCCCAUACUGGAUUGAUUUUUAGCAAUCGUAAUAUAGCUGCCUUCAAGCGUUCGUAUGUGGUGAAAAAUAUUGCCAUUGUUCAUAUGUUUUUCAGCUCGAAUACUUUUCGCAGCAAUUUGCAAACGGAGUUUAUUCAUUUUUCCGAUUUUCUAUCAAGUGUUGGUGGUCUCAUGGGUUUAUUUCUGGGCUUCAGUUUUCUAUCGAUUGCCGAAUGCAUAUAUUACGCUGUCAUACAUCCAUGCCGCACAAUGGGUCAAUAUCAACGAUCAUUGGAAUUGCAUAGAUCAUUGCAAAGUGUAAGGAAAUUAUCAUCAAGAUCGAAAAAGAAACGUUCUACGCUGAAGUCACGUUGCAAAAAACUAUUUUCUUCUUCGUCCAAAGUUCAUGACCGGCAUGUUAAGGUCAUUAAAGUUCCCUAUGCCAUAACAUAUGGAUUUGAGGUUCCUGUCAAUGACAAAGUUCAGUUGCCAUUUUGUCAGUAG